UUUUCUGUGGGAAAGCUGUUCCAGUGCCUCAACAUCCUCACCCUGAACCAAACUCUGUGUCUGGUCCCUGCUGUGCGUGGAGCUGCACAACCACUGCGAAUCAAAGCCUCCAAAGCCACAUUCACCAUCAUCCCCUGGUCCCUCUGCAUCAGUAGAGAGAUUAUGGAGCAGCAGGACAUGGAUUCUUCCAGGAAUAAAUGAGUUUUUCUCUGCCAGCCCCCAGCCUGUGAGCAGGAGGAGCAGCCUGCAGUGGGAUCCCUGCCCGGGCUCUCCACGCCCCACAAGAAGAGGAAGAGGCACAGACGGUUCCUUGGCCGUUGAUAAAAUGGGAAGCAGCGUCUCCCCAGCAGCCCGGCACGGGGAGCUCCAAUCCUUGCCUGGGGGGCAUCCCUGGGGGCUCUGCAGCUGGCAGGACACAGCCCUGUGCCACUGAGGGGUCGGGCUGGGGACAGCAUGUCCUGGCAGAGCCGCAGGACCCAGCUGCUGCUGGUCAACUCGCUGACCUUCGGGCUGGAGGUGUGCCUGGCCGCCGGCAUCACCUACGUGCCACCGCUGCUGCUGGAGGUGGGCGUGGAGGAGAAGUUCAUGACCAUGGUGUUGGGGAUAGGCCCCGUGCUCGGGCUGGUUUUUGUGCCCCUCAUCGGCUCGGCCAGCGACCACUGGCACAGCAGCUAUGGCCGCAGGAGACCUUUCAUCUGGGCGCUGUGCCUGGGCGUGCUGCUCAGCCUUUUUGUCAUCCCCCACGCCAGCAGCCUGGCCAGCCUGUGUGCCCUCAACCCGCGGCCCCUGGAGAUCGCCUUCCUCAUCGUGGGCAUCGGCCUGCUGGAUUUCUGCGGCCAGGUGUGCUUCACCCCUCUGGAGGCCCUGCUCUCGGACCUCUUCCAGGAGCCGGACAACUGCCGCCAGGCCUUCUCCAUGUACGCCUUCAUGGUCAGCCUGGGGGGCUGCAUCGGGUACCUGCUGCCCGCCAUCGACUGGGCCUUCCUGGCGCCCUACCUGGGCAGCCAGCAGAGCUGCCUCUUCGCCCUGCUGGCCCUCAUCUUCCUCGCCUGUGUGCUGGCCACGCUGUUUGUGACAGAGGAGGCCGUGCAGGGGGAUCUGCUGGAUGGGCCAGCGCUCAAAGACGUGUCCCCAAAGGCGUGUGCGCAUGGGCAGCCUGGGGCUCUUCCUGCAGUGCAUCACCUCCAUCUUCUUCUCGGCGAUCAUGGACCGGCUGGUGAAGCGCUUCGGCACGCGGGCGGUGUACCUGGCCAGCGUGGUGUUCUUCCCCGGCGCCGCCUGCGUCAUGUGCCUGUCCCACAGCGUCACCGUGGUCACCAUCUCCGCUGCCCUCACCGGCUUCACCUUCUCCGCCCUCCAGAUCCUGCCCUACACGCUGGCGUCCCUCUACCACCACGACAAACAG